AUGUUUUCCGAGUCUUUCAAAGUUCUUGUCGGCUCUCGAUCGGAAUCGAAGAUUGAUCCUUAUUCAGAGACUUCUGCCAACAGCAGACGACAUCAAUCUGCAUCUCCCGAACCUUUUGCUUCCACUGGCCGUUCCAUAUUGAAGAAUAACGUGAACCAAAAGGCCACUGUCCGUGAUGCUACCCCCAAUGAGUGUAGCCCCGAAGGGACCACCAAAAGUCCUAGUCAUCACGAUCACCGUAAGCGCCUGCGCUUCCAGGAUAUCUCAUCUGAAGGUGAUGAUCAUGUCGAGGACCCCGGAUUGCCGUCAAAGAGAAAGAAGACCUUGCUCACAACACGCAUGCUCAAACUUUCGCGUAUCACUCGUAGGGCUAUUGCUGCGAGUAUGCGACAUGACCGCCUUCGCAGCCGCGAACUCGAACUGCUGAAGUCCAUCCUCGACGAAGGCAUCGAGAAGUCCAAAACAAAGCUGGAUGGAAUUGAUCUACAGAUCAGCUCCAUCGAAGACACGCUUCGCGAUGCAGGAGUAGACAUAGGGAACCAAGAGCCUAGUUUAUCCGAGGACAACGUCAGGAUGUUCUCUGGUGAUGAGCAUGACUCUGAGGCAAGUUGGCAUGAAAAUGACUCUUGCAGUGUUUCUUCUUCCGGAUCUGCCUCGUACUACGUGCCAGAGCAAUCAUUCGAUUAACUUUACUGUCGAUCUCUAUCCGCUUUCCAUGUCUGCGUCGAUCAAGAGAACGCCGUGCCUUAUUUCUCCAUCUUUGUAAAAAUAAAUCAGUGAUAUUCUUGUCAGUCACUAAUGGAUCGUGCUAGGAAUAGCUGACAACGGCGGUCACUACGUAUACUCAAUCCUAGACUAGUUGUCACGAUCUCUUGCACGCGGCCUAGUUGAUCACUGCCAUCAUGAAUAGUUGACCCGAUACCAACGCGUCGUAG